CACCCGCCGCCCACCAUGGCCAUGGCGACGGCGCUCCGCAAGCUCUCCUCCACCGCCCUCCGCCGCCAGCCGCUCUCCCGCAUCACCCCGCUCCACUACAUGGCGUCCCUGCCGGCGACGGAGGAGAGAUCCGGAGUCACCUGGCCGAAGCAGCUGAACGCGCCGCUGGAGGAGGUCGAUCCCGAGAUUGCCGACAUCAUCGAGCACGAGAAGGCCCGCCAAUGGAAGGGUCUGGAGCUCAUCCCGUCGGAGAAUUUCACGUCGGUGUCGGUGAUGCAGGCGGUGGGAUCCGUCAUGACCAACAAGUACAGCGAGGGGUACCCCGGCGCCAGAUACUACGGUGGAAACGAGUACAUUGAUAUGGCUGAGUCAUUGUGCCAGAAACGUGCUUUGGAGGCUUUCCGUUUGGACCCAGCGAAAUGGGGAGUGAAUGUGCAACCUCUAUCCGGGUCACCUUCCAACUUCCAAGUUUACACUGCCCUAUUGAAACCACAUGAUAGAAUCAUGGCUUUGGAUCUUCCUCAUGGUGGACAUCUUUCCCACGGUUACCAGACUGAUACUAAGAAGAUUUCAGCAGUUUCAAUAUUCUUUGAGACAAUGCCUUACAGAUUGGAUGAAAGCACUGGCUUGAUUGAUUAUGAUCAGUUGGAGAAAAGUGCCGUUCUUUUCAGGCCAAAGUUGAUCGUUGCCGGUGCAAGUGCAUAUGCGCGCCUUUAUGAUUAUACCCGCAUGCGGAAGAUAUGCGACAAGCAGAAGGCAAUACUUCUGGCAGAUAUGGCACAUAUCAGUGGGCUCGUCGCAGCUGGUGUUAUUCCAUCUCCUUUUGAUUACGCAGAUGUGGUGACUACCACUACUCACAAGUCACUCCGUGGACCACGUGGAGCCAUGAUCUUUUACAGGAAAGGAGUCAAAGAGAUAAACAAGCAAGGGAAAGAGGUUAUGUAUGAUCUUGAGGACAAGAUCAAUGCUGCUGUCUUCCCAGGUCUGCAAGGUGGACCUCAUAACCAUACCAUUACUGGCUUGGCUGUUGCACUUAAGCAGGCAACUACUCCAGAGUACAGAGCUUAUCAAGAGCAAGUUAUCAGUAACUGUGCAAAAUUUGCACAGAGCUUGACAGCAAAAGGCUACGAGCUUGUCUCUGGUGGGACUGACAACCAUUUAGUGUUGGUGAAUCUCAAGAACAAGGGCAUAGAUGGUUCAAGAGUGGAGAAGGUUUUAGAAAGCGUGCACAUUGCAGCAAACAAGAACACAGUUCCUGGUGAUGUUUCAGCUAUGGUACCAGGAGGCAUCAGGAUGGGAACCCCGGCACUUACCUCAAGAGGAUUUGUUGAGGAAGACUUUGCUAAGGUUGCUGAUUUCUUCGAUGCUUCAGUGAAGUUGGCUUUGAAGGUUAAGGCCGCAGCAGGUGGAACAAAACUGAAGGACUUCGUUGCCACUUUGCAAUCUGAUGGCAACAUUCAAUCCGAGAUUGCAAAGCUUCGCCAUGAUGUGGAGGAAUAUGCGAAACAGUUCCCCACAAUUGGGUUUGAGAAAGAAACCAUGAAGUACAAGAACUAAGAAACACUGAAUUGAACAGCAAGGAAGCAAGGUAUGAUGCUGAAUUCCCGAGGUGAAUAUUGGAGUUCUUGCAAGAACAAGUGGGUGUAAACAUAAAUCCAUCGAGUGCCAUCUUAUGUAAAAGGGACCUCGGCAUUUUACAUCAUGUGGAAACUUUGUCAAUAGUUCUUAUUGUAGACACCUACUGUAAGAUGCUAUACUAAUGCUAUAUUAACGUUCACUCUUCUCGGACAAGCAGUUGCACAUACUCUCGUGUAUUCUGUGAAUAAUUCGCAUGAUUGCGAAAUUUUUCGUGUUCGUCAAUUGUAAGCGUUUGGUCCUAUCACAAUUUGAAA